CUCGAUUAUAACGUUACCUUCACACAAAUCCAAGUACUAGUACUGGUUAAGUAUACACGCUUGCUCUGUACAAAUGGAGCUAGCGUUACCGUAUGGUUCCCGCUACGAUACAAUAUACGGAACCUACAUUUCAUGCACAGCCUGCCUGCCUGCCUGGCUACACCUCACUCAGUCCGGUUCCUCAGGCAUAUCGUUACACGUCCUCGGCCACAUGCACAUCGGCGUGGAUCAUGUCGAGGUACCGGGACGUAUCCAUCAAGUCGUUCGAGUCGAAACUGGAGGCAGUGCUCAUAAAGUCGCGCGCUGUGUGGUGUUCGACUGAGAUAUCGCUCGAGCCCGACCACGACGUGCCUUGCGACGACGGCGAAAACGUUAGCGAGCCCCCCAUCGACGAAGAAAAUGCUGACGAGAUGUCGUCAUCGGCGGACGCUUCUUCAAUGUCUUCCAACGGUUGGUCUGUCAUGGUCCACGUGCUUGGUUGGUCUUCACCUUGGGAUAUGCACAACUCGCUCGUGCCAAUCGACCAGGCGCUCGACAACCGCGGGGUUUCCGAUGUCUGGAUGCUGUCGUCGACGUCGUUGAGAAUGUUCGAGUCCAUCGAGUUCAACGUGCGGGGGUGGUUGAGAAUGUCGGAAGCAAAUCGAACAGACUUGGUGCGGGUAUCUGUCUGAAGCAUGUUGAGCAUGUCCAUCGUAUCCAACUCUCGAGGGUGCUGACUUGUCGUCGGCGGCUGAAGGAGAAGCGCGUUACGGCGGGACGUGAGGAAGGCGCCGUUGUCUGUCCAUCGAUUGACACUGCCCUCCUUGGACGCGGACAUGUUGCGCCGCCGACGAGCCACGACAACGACCAUCAUCAGCACUAUCGCACAGAGCGCGCCGCCUGCAAUCGCAAACAACUCCAUGCCAGUCAUGCCGCCGUCGUUUUCGGAACCCCCUGCGGCCUCGUUCUGGGCCUGGUUCUUGUCAUCGGCCGGGCCAGGCGCGCCCGACAACGGUACACCCAUGGCCGGCGAAGUGGGGGUGGAAUUCAUGUCUAGGUCUGGGGUGACAGUUGUGGAAGGCACAUUCGUAGCUGGGGAACGAGUUUCCGACGGACGAGGUGUCGUCAUUGGGACGUCGGACGUCAACGGAAGGUCAGUUGGAACUGGUGUGGUAGUUGGUUGCUCUGUAGUCGAAGGGGCAGGUGAGGAUUCUGCUGUUGAAGGGGCGGGUGUGGAUUCUGCUGUUGAAGGGGCGGGUGUGGAUUCUGCUGUCGAGUCAGGUGGACUCGUACCAGGUGAUGUCGCGGUCGCGGG